AUGGAGGGAGAAGGGGAGUUGUUGGAUUUGAGUCACCUCUCAGAGGCAGAGCAGGCAUCCAUCUUGGAAGUGUUACUAAGGGACUCGAAUCUGCGUUGCCUUGAUGAGGGGCGUGUAAGGACCCUGCAGCAGAAAGAGGCGGAUUCAGUGCGUCUGAGGUUGCUGUCAGGGGCGUGGUUUCAUGAGGAGAGGAGCAAGCGCUACCGAGACACAAAGGAUGGCGUUGACAUCGUACAGGCAUCCAUACGAGGCAGGAAGCCAAGAACAGAUUUGUCUGUGAGUGGGGUGUUUAAAGGGCAGACAGAAGAUGCUCCUCCCACGAACAACAAGGACCCCAGCUCUCAGAUAGAGGACAAGAAAGAGGAGGAUGACAAGAGAAGUUACAGGAGUCCACCUACAGCCAGACCCAGACUCAAACCCAGGAGCCCAAACCCACAGGAUACAGACGCUGUGUCCAGUGUUGUGACUGAAGCUGAUCUGACGCCUCUAAAGCCUGGGAUCUCCAUCAGCACUCUAAGUCUACAGUCUAACUACACACUAAGUGGCAGUAUGAUGAGUCUGUUCAGUUCUGGGGAGUUUGGGGCGGUGGAGGUGAAGGGGCGUGUCCUGUUCUCAUUGGACUAUGACACUCAGAGGGAGAAGCUACAGGUCAGAGUGUGUCGUUGUGAAGACCUGGCUGCUGCACGUAAGAACCACUCCGACCCGUACGCAAAGGCCUAUCUCCUGCCUGAUAAGUCGUCUCACACUAAGAAGAAAACAACAGUAAAGAAAAAGACCCUCAACCCAGUCUUUGACCAGACACUAAAAUAUAAGAUCAGUCUGUCAGAGGUGCGUGGCAGGACUCUGAACCUGUCUGUGUGGCACGCUGCCCCCCUGGGUAGAAACCUGUUCCUAGGAGAGGUAGAGCUGCAGCUGGCUCACUGGGACUGGACACACACAGACCCUGACUGGUACCAACUACAGCCACGGUUGCAGUGUAGUCCAGAGUCUAUCAGUAGUCGAGGAAACAUCAUGCUCUCUAUCAAGUUCACCCCAGCAGGAUCCGAGGGUGGAGGUUUACCUCCAUCUGGGGAGCUACACAUUUGGCUGCGGCAGGCGCAGGGUCUUCUCUCCACCAAAGGUGGCGCCAUCGACUCCUUUGUCAAGAGCUACGUGCUGCCGGACGCCGGCCGGUUGAGUGGUCAGAAGACGCGCAUGGUCAAGCGGUCAGUCAGCCCAAUCUACAACCACACCAUGGUGUACGAAGGGUUCCAACCUGCUGACCUGAGGGAGGCCUGCGCAGAGCUGACCGUCUGGCACCGUGAAGGGAUUAAAACACACCUGCUAGGAGGGGUCAGACUCAGCCCUGGGACAGGUCUGAGCUACGGGGCGGCAGUGUGUUGGAUGGAUUCAACAGAGGAGGAAGUCACUAUGUGGACCUCCAUGAUCCUGAACCCUAGCCACUGGAUAGAUACUACACUACCUAUCAGAACUAACCUGGCUAACCGCCAGAAGUAA